AUGGUUGAUGCUUAUAGCAAUUUAAGUGAUGUUCGUGUUGGAAAUUUUCCAUGGUGCUUGAAGGUUCGUGUGAUUCGUCUUUGGGUGGUCAAAUCCAAUUUAAUUUCUAGGCAAGAAAAUUCAAUUGAACUUGUGCUUCUUGAUGAAAAGGGAUGCAAGAUACAUGCUACUGUCCGGAGACACUUGAUUCCUUUGUUUAAAGCUGUUAUUAUUGAAGGUGAAGUUUAUACUUUAUCUGCGUUUUCUGUUGUUGAUGCUUAUGGAUUAUGCAGGCCAACUAGGCAUCCUUGUCGGUUGUUUUUUCAUUCUACUACUAUUUUGGAGAAAAUGGUGUGUCGAGCAAUCAAAAUGAAUGGAUUGUCGUUGGUGGACAUUGGCCAAAUUAAUUCUCAUUCAUGUGAUAGUAAUUAUUUAGUUGAUUUUAUGGGGGUAAUGACUGGUAUAUCUUCCCAGAAUGAGUUUCUUAAAGAUGGUCAACGUGUCAAAAUGAUUGUUGUUGAGAUAUCUGAUCACAGAGGUUUCUGUCAUGUUCUGUUUGGCGAAAUGGUUGAUUACUUGGUUCAGAUGAUGACCACUCUCGACGGAGGUCUACCGGUGGUUGUUAUUCAAUUUGCCAAGAUCAGAUUUUUUCGUGAAUAUUCAAAAUCUAACUAG